GCAAGCGUUUGAUGAAAUAAAAUACCACCGUCACUUAAAAUUUUGGUAUCCGAAAAACUGAAUUACCUACAUCAUUUGAGACUGAUCACUUUCCGUCAGCAAUUCUUAGAUUAAAUUUGUUACGUUCACCGAAUUUUACUUGGCGCGUAGUAUCACAAGAUAGGAACGGCAAACGAUGAUAGUUGAUGAACUUCAAAAGGACAGAACAGUGCCUGGGGGAGCUGUAGAUAAGAGGGGACAAACCGCAGGGGUCUUGCCCCAAAUAGUAAAUGAAGUAGGAUUACGGACGUAUGAGUGAUGAGUAGGUGUAAUAAAUGUCGAUCAGUAUUCAUUAUUCGUAACAAGGCAUUCAACUGCCUAGUAUUACACGAGGGACGUUGCAGUCUAAAGCCAAGAACGUCGAGUGGUUUCAGCACAUUUGCUUUGGUUAUUAAUUGUGCACAUCGAUUAACGCUGCGUGACGGUCUACUAAAGAGAUAAUAUUGGUGAUCUGAUAUCAAAUGUAUUUAAAAUAUACGAUUUGAUAUGCAAAGCUACACAGCUUCAAAACAAGAUAUGAAACUUAGUGAUAAGCAAUCAGUUUUGAAAUCAUUCGUAGCCGGAUCUUGUUCUGGUACUGUGACUACGAUUUUAUUUCAACCCCUUGAUCUCAUUAAAACAAGACUUCAAAGUAGGAUUACACCGCAAUUAGGUGCGCCUUCCACGGGAAUGGUAGAUAUCGCUAUCUACAUAGUGCGUAAUGACAACGUGUUUGGGUUGUGGAAGGGCAUCACACCAUCUUUAAUUCGAGUUGUACCUGGAGUGGGAUUAUACUUUGCAUCAUUGCACUGGUUAAAAAAUGCCUUUCAUUUGAGAGAGCCCCUCAAUUCGCUACAAGCACUUACAUUGGGCAUUACUGCUCGCUCUAUGGCUGGAGUCGUACUCAUUCCCAUUACCGUAGUCAAAACACGCUUUGAGAGUGGUAUAUACAAGUACUGUGGUAUGCGAGAAGCACUACAUGUAAUUUGGAAGUACGAAGGUACCAAAGGGCUUGUAUGUGGUCUAGUUCCCACAUUAUUUAGAGACGCACCUUUCAGCGGAUUAUAUCUCUUGUUCUACACUCAGUGCAAAAAAGCAAUACCUCAAGAGUAUAGAAUUGCCAACAACACAGCUACAGUUCACUUUACAUGCGGAUUAUUAGCUGGAUUAUUCGCAUCUGUAAUAACUCAACCAGCAGACGUUAUUAAGACUAGAAUGCAGCUCUAUCCACAUGAAUUUAAAACCCUCUAUAGUUCCUUUCUCUCUAUUUACCAACAACAAGGGUGCCUUGGAUAUUUCCAAGGGAUCGUUCCACGUUUAUUGCGGCGAACAUUGAUGUCAGCAAUGGCAUGGACAAUUUACGAAGAAGUAACGGGAAAGUAAAAUAUGUACCAAAAACGUAUCGAAAAUGUGAUAAAAUUUCUUUAACGGGAUAAAAGUGUCAAUGAAAAACGCUAUACAUAAACGAAGGCAUUGAACUCUAGAUCGUUGAGUCGAUAUAUCUCAAAAUAUGCCAUAUAUUUUGUAUAAAAUCCAAGAUUUAGUCAAUUAUUGUUUCAUAAAUGACUCAAUUAGGAGGGAAUCAAUGCUGUCAUACGAAAAGGACUUAAAUAAUAGGAAGCAGGGUGUACAUUUAAUUCUGUAUUUAUAUUUGAACCGUGACUGUGAAUUCAGGUGUGAGAAUCUCGGGAUAUUUGUGAUUCAAUUCUGUAGAAUAAUUACAAUGACAACGUUUGAUUCGUGAUAUGGUGCGUGAAAUAAUAAACAGUGUAUUUUUAAUAUUGGAGUGAAAAAAAAUUAUCUAACAUUAAGUGUAUAUAUAUGAUAUUUGUACAUAAAAAACGAAUCAAUGAUAAUUGGAACUACCAAAAAUACAAUGUCAUUUAGAAAUCUGGACCAACGAUCGUCGCUAUAAAUUGAACCUUCAUGGUAAUGAAAAUAAUACAAACUCUCUUCAAAAUUA